AACCAGUGACGUCCGCAAGAUGGCGGAUCGGUCGCUGGUGUCCGCCAUUUGCUCUGACACGCUCGCCUCGGCUGUUCGAUUUUUCUUUAUUCUUUUAGUCCAUUAGUACCGAUUAACCAUCAAGUACCAUAGAACAAUGAACGGUGUAUUAACAUUCCAAUAUCAGUCUCCGAAAGUGGUCUGUUCAACGCAGUGCCGGGCAUUCAGCUGAUCGCUGCUGGCUCACCCGCUAGUAACAAAACCCUAGUGACUUUUUCACAUACUCUUCGUUCUAGACAUUGGCAGCAUCGUCUACGACCGCCACGAUUCGAACUUACACUAAACAAAACUCUUUUCAGCGGUCAAUCCUUCAAAAACUGAUGGAGAUCUGCGUGGAUUCCCUAGAAUCGGCAAGAAACGCGAUCGAAGGGGGAGCGAAGCGCCUCGAAGUCUGCUCCGCUCUAUCGGAAGGUGGAUUAACGCCCAGUCCUGGCUUAAUUAAGAAGAUCAACAGCUUCUCGCCUGUACCGAUCUUCGCGAUGCUCCGAUUGCGUCCUGGGAACUUCGUGUACACUCAAGAAGACAUGGACGUGAUGCUGAAUGAUCUAGAGAUCCUCAAAGAUCACGGCGCCCAGGGUUUCGUGUUCGGAGCGCUGACUGCGACCGACGAAAUCGACGUACCGUUUUGCAAAGAAGUCCUUCGCAGAGCUAAUCCUCUGCCGGUCACUUUUCACAGAGCUUUCGACGAAGUCGCUGAUCCUCUAAGCUCUCUGGAAACAUUGAUAGAACUCGGUUUUCGAAUAGUACUGACUUCCGGUCAGCAAGACACUGCCGAAGAAGGUCUGUCGUUGAUAGAGUGCCUGGUUCGUCAGGCUAGAGACAGAAUCAUCAUAAUGCCUGGCUCUGGAAUCACGAAGAAGAAUAUUUUGAAGAUAAAAAUGGAGACUGGGGCGACAGAGUUCCACGCGUCUGCGAAGAAGAGGGUGGUUUCUCGUGGGAACAGAGUUCAAAUUGGUGCUGACAAGAAGAGCUUCGUUUCCGUGACUGAUAGGGACUUGGUACGGGAAAUGGUUAAGAUAAUAACGAAUUGAUUGCACUGACGAAUUGUUGGCAUUUCCCAACGUUUAAAUGCUUGAAUUUCAACGAACUGCAUUUGAAUUUUAAUGAACGUUCUGGAAACACAACAGUUUUUAUAGUAAGAGAUUACACGUUGCUUCUUCACGUAUUUGUUCGUCAAUCAAGUUUACUGAAUUCUUGUUUUUUUCACCUCGCGCUGAACUAAAAUUGUCAUCCGAGUAAUACAGAAAGAAUCCGUCGAGCGCAUUUAUUACAUAGUUUGUAACACUCGCCAACAAUUGCGUCGGAAGAAUGAACAAGGUAAUUAAUUGAUCGAUCGCCCUUGACCGAUGAUCGGUAGUUUCUUUCUACGUCCAAUAACAAUUUCGUCAGCGGAUCCAUCGGAGAGAGGCGGAAAACGAGAAAUCAUGCGUCCAGCUGAUGUUACCUAAGAAUCCACGAGUGAUUUCAUGGUAUCAACCGGUGUCAACCCUUUUUUCUCUUAAAAAUGGAAAUCGCUCGCGGUGAACGCGGUCGUAAACAUCACGUGGCGCUCCCGUAUUCUAUCGUCGUCUCUUUUUGCCUGAUUCACCGGUUGCUUUUUUCUACGGCAGAAUUAUACACACGUUAUACAUUUGAAAUCGCCCAGGACUUGACCGAUGAUUCACCCGUCCGUUUAUAACUUUUCAAUUUUUCCUCGGAAAUUCUCGCGAAUCACUGUCCACCCGUCGGUAGAUUUUUUGUAAACGAAAUACCAGUGCAACGCGAGCACUCGUCGUUUAUUGUUCUCCACGAACGAAAACAAAGACGACUGAGUAAUGUUCGAUCGAAGCGAAACUAGAGAAUUCUCAGCUUUCGACGAGCGCGAAGAAAAAUGCUCGAAAUUUCGUAAUUGGUACGGAACCAAUUACUCUUGAAACGUUCCCCCGGCGAUUGCGCGGCGAGGUUUAAAAGAACCGAGGAAAGCGGCAAUUAGAGAACAGAAAAAAGUCUUAAGAGAUCGCGAACGAAAUCGUUGAAAUACGGGACAGGUGAAAUUGGCGAGUUAUCUUCGAUCGGCGAACAGGAAAACGGGAACAAGGAAAAUCGUUUUAAUUAUGCGUUUCGUUGCGCGAUUAAAAAAAAAGAACCCUGAUUAACUGGAACUGGAAUUUUUCCCUGUCCACGAGAGUGGCUGGCGUUGUUGCGGCGAAACAAAGUGCACACGCAUCGAACGAGGCCCAGCCAGUAUUAUCGCUCGCGUUCGAAUCGCGGUGGCUUCGCGGCGCGCGCACUUAAAUGGAUUCCCCGUUGCGUGCUAGAAAUUAUGCAUGAGAGGAGAUUGCCUAUUCCGCGUCGCGGGGAGCGAGAGACAAUCAUUCGAUGACUCAGAACCGAUGGAAUUAACCCCGAGCCCUUGACGGGUCAAAAAUUGACGUGUCAACUAGCGGAUCGGCUUCUAUUCAAAUCAAACUACAACGUGCAUUGCCGGUACAUAUAAUUUUUUGCAAUUCCUUUGCAUUGGAGCAAACUUUAUCUUCGUACAGAUAUUCAAAUUUUCCAUUUUCCUCUCAACCCUGAAGAGUCUUGUUCAAGGCAGUUUUUAUUAAACGUUUCAAUAAAAAGGCGUCGAAUUUAAAUGUAUAAUAAAAAGGUGGUAAAACCUACCAUAAUGAACUCCUUGUAAAAAUAGAAUGCGUCCACUUAAAAUCCAAAAUAUACGAAUUAAACAUUUGGAUAUAAGUGUUUCUCUAAAUUAACACAAUUAUUCCUAUUAACCCCUUACCUUGCGAUUUCAUUUCGCUGCAUUUGUUCGAACUGUUUAUCGUUAAUAAUGCACUGAAAGAAAACAUUCCCUGCUCUUCCUAUGUCCAGAUUUAGUAUAAA